AUGACGGUGGCUUAUUCCCUAGAGAAUCUCAAAAAGAUUAGUAAUUCCCUGGUGGGAGACCAGUUGGCUAAGGUAGAUUACUUUUUGGCUCCAAAGUGCCAGAUUUUUCAAUGUUUGUUGUCCAUUGAGCAAAGUGACGGUGUAGAGUUAAAAAAUGCGAAAUUAGAUCUGCUAUAUACCCUUUUACAUCUAGAACCGCAACAAAGGGAUAUAGUAGGCACAUAUUACUUUGAUAUUGUGUCCGCAAUCUAUAAGUCCAUGAGUUUGGCAAGCAGUUUUACUAAAAAUAAUUCUUCGACAAACUAUAAGUACAUAAAGCUUCUAAAUUUGUGUGCAGGAGUUUAUCCAAAUUGCGGAUUCCCAGACUUGCAAUACCUCCAGAACGGGUUCAUCCAGUUAGUCAACCAUAAAUUUUUGAGGAGCAAAUGUAAAAUUGAUGAGGUGGUCACGAUUAUUGAAUUAUUGAAGUUGUUUUUACUUGUGGACGAGAAAAAUUGCAGCGACUUCAACAAGAGCAAGUUUAUGGAGGAAGAGAGAGAAGUGACAGAAACUUCACACUACCAAGAUUUUAAAAUGGCAGAAUCCCUUGAACACAUAAUAGUUAAAAUAUCAUCGAAGUACUUGGACCAAAUAAGCCUCAAGUAUAUAGUGAGGCUAAAAGUAUCCAGGCCAGCGUCACCAUCCAGCGUCAAGAACGAUCCGUUUGACAAUAAAGGGGUCGACUGCACCCGUGCCAUACCUAAAAAAAUCAAUAUCUCAAACAUGUAUGAUUCUAGUUUACUCUCAUUGGCACUCCUUCUAUAUCUAAGAUAUCAUUAUAUGAUACCGGGUGAUAGGAAACUGCGGAAUGAUGCGACGUUCAAGAUGUUCGUUCUGGGUCUUUUGAAGAGUAAUGACGUUAACAUUAGGUGCGUGGCCCUGAAGUUUUUGUUACAACCGUACUUUACAGAGGAUAAGAAAUGGGAAGAUACGCGUACACUCGAGAAAAUACUACCCUAUUUAGUUAAGUCAUUUAAUUAUGACCCGUUGCCUUGGUGGUUUGAUCCAUUCGAUAUGCUGGAUUCAUUGAUUGUGUUGUAUAAUGAAAUUACUCCAAUGAAUAAUCCUGUGCUCACCACGCUAGCUCAUACAAACGUUAUAUUUUGCAUUCUAUCCCGUUUUGCGCAGUGUCUUUCUCUACCACAACACAAUGAAGCUACUUUGAAAACAACUACAAAAUUCAUUAAAAUAUGUGCGUCAUUUGCAGCAUCGGACGAAAAAUACCGUCUUUUACUGUUGAAUGACACAUUGUUGUUGAAUCAUUUAGAAUACGGGUUGGAAUCCCACAUUACUUUGAUACAGGAUUUUAUAUCUUUGAAAGAUGAGAUAAAGGAAACAACUACGGAAAGUCAUUCUAUGUGUUUACCCCCAAUAUAUGAUCACGAUUUCGUGGCAGCUUGGUUACUAUUGUUGAAAUCAUUCUCGAGAAGUGUUUCAGCGCUUAGGACGACGUUGAAGAGAAAUAAAAUUGCACAGCUGCUUUUACAGAUACUAAGUAAAACAUAUACGUUGACCAAGGAAUGCUAUUUUGCUGGACAAGAUUUUAUGAAACCGGAAAUUAUGAUUAUGGGCAUUACUCUGGGUAGUAUUUGUAACUUCGUGGUGGAGUUCUCUAAUUUACAGUCAUUUAUGCUGAGAAACGGUAUAAUCGAUAUAAUUGAAAAGAUGUUAACAGAUCCAUUGUUUAACUCAAAAAAAGCCUGGGACGAUAAUGAAGAUGAAAGAAGGAUUGCAUUGCAAGGCAUACCUGUGCAUGAAGUGAAGGCAAACUCUUUAUGGGUACUAAGGCAUCUAAUGUACAAUUGCCAGAAUGAAGAGAAGUUUCAGCUUUUGGCCAAAAUCCCGAUGAAUUUAAUUUUGGAUUUUAUUAAUGAUCCAUGUUGGGCAGUACAAGCCCAAUGUUUUCAGUUGCUCAGAAAUUUGACUUGUAAUUCAAGGAAAAUUGUAAAUAUUCUUUUGGAAAAAUUUAAAGAUGUAGAAUACAAGAUCGAUCCUCAAACAGGUAAUAAAAUUAGCAUCGGCUCAACGUAUCUUUUCGAAUUUCUUGCAAAGAAGAUGAGGCUUUUAAAUCCAUUAGACACUCAACAAAAGAAAGCAAUGGAAGGCAUCCUAUAUAUUAUCGUGAAUCUAGCGGCAGUCAAUGAGAAUAAAAAGCAGCUAGUCAUCGAACAAGACGAAAUAUUGAACAUUAUGAGUGAAAUAUUGGUAGAAACAACGACUGAUAGUUCAAGUAAUGGUAAUGACAGCAAUCUGAAAUUGGCAUGCCUCUGGGUACUCAAUAACUUACUUUGGAAUUCAUCAGUUUCACAUUAUACCCAAUAUGCAAUUGAAAAUGGUCUGGAACCAGGGCAUUCACCAAGUGAUUCAGAAAACCCUCAAUCUACGGUGACAAUCGGGUAUAAUGAAUCAGUGGCUGGUGGAUAUUCUAGGGGGAAAUACUACGAUGAGCCAGAUGGCGAUGAUAGCAGUAGCAAUGCGAAUGAUGAUGAAGAUGACGAUAAUGAUGAGGGUGAUGAUGAAGGCGAUGAGUUCGUUCGCACCCCGGCUGCAAAAGGUAGUACAUCAAAUGUACAAGUAACACGUGCCACGGUGGAAAGAUGUAGAAAACUCGUGGAGGUAGGAUUAUACGAUCUGGUUAGAAAAAAUAUUACAGACGAAUCAUUAUCUGUCAGGGAAAAGGCCAGAACGUUACUAUAUCACAUGGACCUGCUUUUGAAAGUUAAAUGA